AAAAAAUGAAUCAAAAUAGAUAUGUCUUAUUUUGGUUGCAGAACGCAAAUUAUGCUACAAUGUAACUGCUCACACCCAAGUCAUAUAUCUGACGCGGGAACUUUUAUUUCCCUUUAGUUUAUUCUUGCAUCUUCAAAGUGGAUGCGAAUCAUCAGAAUUCCUUUACCAAUUAUUUCAUUUUUUUUUAAAUAGAGUCACGAGCUGCAGCAUUGGCCAAAUAAGGCUACGUAUUUAGAUAAUACAUUGAAAUAUUUAAGUUUGAUUAAUAUAAAUGCCCGAGGAUAAAUUACAAACCAAAGUAUGUUUACUAGUCGUUUGUUUUGUUCAUCUCUCCAGAUUGAUGAUGACAACACUUGUUCAUGCCGAGCUCCUGCUGGAGCAGCUUAAAAAGCAAAGAGAACGGGGAUUUCUUUGCGACUGUACCAUUGUUAUUGGUCCGUCGCGGUAUCAAGCUCACCGGAAUGUACUUGCAGCCUUCAGUGAGUUCUUCGCAUCUCGAAGUGCGCUUGAAGGAGAAGGCGUCACAACUAUAACGUUAGACCCAGAAUGGGUGACCGAGGCAACGUUUCAGAGACUUUUGACCUUUGUUUACACUGGAAAUCUAAAUAUUGACAGCAAUGAUGAUAUUUCAGACAUACGGAAAGCAGCUGCUUUCUUGGGAAUGCAAGAAGUGCUGAACCAGUGUGAUCGACUCUGCCAGAAUGACGAGAAACCUAGUUUAGAGGCUAUCAUUCAGGCCUGCAAUGCGGUGGCAGCGGCAGAGGCGGCAGCAGAAGCCACAGCAGAAGCUAUUGCAGAGUGUUCUGCUCCCAGCCCAGAGCCAGUUGACAUGCUUCCACCUUUAGCUGAAGUGGAGGAGAGUGAAGAACAGGAGAGCACAGAGCAGAGUGAGUCCCAGGAAAAGCUGUCACCCACUCCAGCCACAAGCGAAUCAUCCCCACCCAAAGAGCAGGCAGCAUCAACGGGCAAGAGGGGUAGGAAGCCAAAACCCAAACCCAGCGUUGAGACCCCUGCAGUAGAGGAGAGCAGUUCCCCCAAAGGUACGGGACGAGGCAGAGGGCGACCGAGUGGACGGGGAAGAGGUAGAGCAGUGGGUAGAGGAAGAGGAAGAGGGCGUCCUCCAAAGAAAGUGACGGUAGAACCAGCGAGUGAAGUACCUGAGAAGGUGACGGCAGAACCAGUGAAUGAAAUGCCUGAGAAGGUGACGGCAGAACCAGUGAAUGAAAUGCCUGAGAAGGUGACUGCAGAACCAGCGAGUGACAUGCCUGCAGUUGAAGCUGAACCGAGCAACGAAAUGCCUGUUGAUGAACAACAAACUGAGCAACAAGGGGAACCCACCAGCAGCAUGGACGACUGUGAAUUCACACCUGAUGGAGAGGAUGAUGACCCCCUGAACCCUGCCAAGAUAAGGAAGAGCAACCGCAAGAGGGUCCCCAGCAAAAAGCUGAAGGAGAGCUCUGACUAUGCCGCUGUGAUGAAGGUGGAGGUCGGAGAGUGUGAAGAGGAAGAGGCGCAGGGAGAUGAGGAGAUGGUGGAGAUGAUGGAGAUGGUGGGUGAGGACACCCUCUUAGGAGCCGGCAGUCGGCAGCUGGGCAAGAGCCGGCCCAUCUGCAGCUCGUGUGGCAAGGUCUUCUCGGAGUUGAGCAGCCUGCGCAGGCACAUGCGCAUCCACAAGGGCCUGAAGCCCUAUGAGUGUCAGCUGUGUAACCGCACGUUCAGACAAGGGAACCAGCUGAAGACACACUUGCGCAUUCACACAGGAGAGAAGCCAUUCAAGUGUGAUAAAUGUGACAAGUCAUUUGCUCAGAAGUGCCAGUUGGUCUUCCACUGCCGCAUGCACCACGGGGAGGAAAAGCCUUACCAGUGCAACGACUGUGGUCUACAGUUUGCAACAUCCAGCAACCUCAAAAUUCACUGCAGGAAGCACAGUGGUGAGAAACCAUACAACUGUGAGUUGUGUGGAAAGUGCUUUGCCCAGGCCAGCACACUGACCUAUCACAUGCGGCGGCACACGGGUGAAAAGCCGUAUGUCUGUGACACAUGCGGUCGGGCUUUUGCUGUCUCCAGCUCCCUCAUAACCCAUUCGCGGAAACAUGCAAAGGAGAAGCUUAAAAAAGCAGAGGAGGAAGCUACAUCCAACGCUCCGUACUUGUGCUUGGUGUGUGGCAAGAGAUUCUUUACUACUGGAGAACUGAGGAAACACAUGGACAGUCAUGGUUAUAAACGAGUGAGAUGUGAUCUCUGUGGACAAAUGUUUGCUGACCCAAGUGGCUUGAAGAGACACAAAGAGAAGAAACACGGUGCUGCAGUUGAAAUUGAAGAGACCCUGACCACUGCAGCCGUUCCUCUCAACAUCCCCAUUGACCACCAAGGGCUGAUUGCUCGCAUGUGUGCAUCUCCGCUCAACCCCACUGGAGUUACAUUUGAGCAGCUGGAAAUCCCAGCGGACACUGCCGCAUCCAUGGAAACAACGCAGAUCGUCAUCGUCCACACAAUUGAGGCAGAGUAAACGGGACUUAGAGCCACUACUUGUGAAGAGCAUAAUUUAAUUACAGUGUUGGAAGUAGUUUGGUGCCAAUGCCUUGGCAUUAAAUGCAGAAUAAUGGCAUUUCUGUCCAGAAUUUGAAUUAUUGAAUUGCAACCUCAUACAUGUUUUUAAUUGUUUAGCUUUGGCAUUUAUGUUAAUGGAUUGUGUGUGUAUUUUAUUUUGUAAGGAAGAACAUUUGUGAAUUUCUGUGGUCAUACAAAAGACUACCCCAUAUCUUCCAUUUAGUCAAUUCUGAAUGGAUGGGAUGCAUGGAGUGUGUUUAACAUAUUUAACACAUAAUUAAAUAUGUUAAUUUAACAUAUCAUUAAAAUUCACACUUUUUGACAAUG